AGGUUUGCUCCUGCGCCUUGAGCAGCGACAAUGACUCUCAUGUUCUCGACGUGAAUGUCGAAUAAAUGCAACAAUAGACGGCUACAAAGAACUUCAGUGGGUAAACAUAUGACCAGAUGUGUUCCAGUGAACCCGAGGGGACCUUAAGUGUGAUUAAACAUGUGGAGAAAAUCAGUAAACAGAGGAUAUAUUUGGUUCAUGGGCAGGAGUGUGGGGUUGAAGGAAUUUUGGGAGUCCUGUGGAGGGCGUCCGUGCAGUUCCCAGGCCCCACCCUCAGGCAGGAUAAAUGCACGACAGGCAGCGGAUAUUUGGAGGAAAUGCUUCGAGGCCAACGGUGUGACUGAGGCCGACCUCUCCUGUCAGUACAUCGUCGCCCACGUGCUCGGGGCUAAAACCAUGGAAGGUAUCGAGCGGGAGAAGCUGUCCGCGUUCCUCACUGAAGAAGAAAAACGGCAAAUAUGGAAGCUGUGCGAAAAACGCCUCUCCAGGAUGCCUGUACAAUAUGUGAUCGAGGAGUGGGACUUCAGAGAUGUGACGCUGAAGAUGAGGCCUCCCGUAUUCAUCCCGAGACCUGAAACAGAGGAGUUGGUAGAAUUGGUCCUGACUGAUCUGCAGAAGAAAGCCGGCUCACUUACGUGUUUGGAAGUGGGAUGCGGCUCCGGUGCCAUUUCCCUCAGCCUGCUGAAGACUCUGCCACAGCUCAGAGCCAUCGCGUUGGACCAAAGUGCAGACGCUGUGGAAUUGACAACAGAAAAUGCAUUGAGGUUAGGACUUCAUGACAGAUUAAAAGUUUUUCACGUAGAUGUCACCAAAGAUGCAGAAACCGUGCUGAAGCUGUGCAGCAACGUCUCUGCCUUGGUCAGCAACCCUCCCUAUCUCUUCUCAGAAGAUUUGUCUUCGCUUGAGCCGGAAAUUUUGAGGUUUGAGGACCACGCCGCCUUAGACGGGGGCAACGAUGGCAUGAAAGUCAUCCGCAAGAUUUUAACGCUGGCCCCACAGAUUCUGUCAGAUGACGGCUGUGUUUACUUGGAGGUGGACCCCAGACAUCCCCUGCGCAUUCUGCGGUGGGCGGAAGCCAACGCGGAGCGGCUGCGUUCGGCCGAGACGCGUCACGACGUCAGCGGCAGGCCUAGAUUUUGCAUCCUUCGGACAGACAAGUCAAACGACCGCAAGCCGCACCUGGGUUGAGAAAGCGAGAUCUUAUUACGUUGGCUUUAGACCAGAUCGCCAUUGCCCCCACGCACUCCCCACCCUCUUCCCCUCCACUCCAGCUUUAGCUGCACAGAAUUUUGUCAUAUUUCUUGCAGCGGGAAUCAUAUAAAUCAAUCCCACGGCCCUUUUUAAUCUGAUUAUGUCCCGUGCCACAGUAACACACACGCGCAAAAAAAAAAAAUGUGCGCGCGAUGGCACAAAAGAGGCUCAAAGCUGAAGGUAAUUACCAAGGCUUUUCUUAGAAGCCUUCCUCUCAGAAUCGUACCCUCCUCCCUGGAAGCAUUUUGUAGUUCUGUGAAUUGCCUGAUGAAUGGUCCUCCCCUUUGCCCGUCCACUCACUGACUCAGAUGGAGGGGCGCGCGCACACACACACACACAAUGUGGCCUUUACUGCCUCAUGCAAUCUCGCAUACACUCGAAGCUCAAAGGCCGCGAGGUCGCUUUUUUCUUUAUGUUUUAUUCCAGAGCCGAUCAAAAGGCUCAAUUAAUUCUCGCGCCCUGGUAAGCCCAAAACAAUCGUCGUCUUAGAGCAACUCCAUAAUUAUCACCAUCAGCGUAUGACUGAAUACAUAGCUGCGAUCCAAACGGGGAAAGAUUUGAAAUUCGUCAUUUCGUGGCGAUCAGUCGAGCUGCCGGAGCGGAGAAUCCGUUUGAACGCAAAAAAAAAAAAAAAAAAAAAAAAAAAGCCAAUUGCCAAAGUAGCCCUCGCCGCCACGUACGAAUAGAUGGAAGUAUUUUUCUUUUUGAAGGAUUAAAGCUUUAAUACAGGACAUCAAGAUUAUUAUAUAUACAAGCGUUCAAAGGUUGAGGUCAACCAGACAAUUUCACGUUUUCAACGAAAACACAUUUUGUAUUAUACAUUGUACGUAUAUACAGUAUACACUACCGUUUGAAAAGUUUGGGGGUCACAUGGAAAUGUCCUUAUUUUUGAAACCACUUUUAUUUCAUCGUGUGAACAACGUUUAUAUUUUAUUUCAGAUUAGCGUGAUCUUCACUGGAAAAACAACAGUUCUCCUUUCUGGUUUCCAAGUGACUCCAAACUUUUGUCAUGUGAUAGUUGUGCUCGUAAGUUGACACACCCUGGCAUUUUAUACCAUUCUUUAGACAUAAAUGAUCAGAAAAAUCACUCUUAUAACUCAAAUAAAACUGUAAGGCAUUUCAGAAUAUCACAAUCAUUGAAUUAAUUAUAGUGACAAAGACAAUAAUCAGAUGGGCCCCCAUUCAGUCAUCAGUUCCGUUUUCCCCCAAAUUGUACAUUUUUCACAAAUUCCGCUGGGGUGUGUAAAAUUACGAGCGCGGCUGUGUCUACUUCUGCUUUGUUUCCAACAAUAAGGACAUUUCUAAGUGAGCCCAAACUUUUGAACAGCAGUUUUUAUAUAUAUAUAUAUAUAUAUAUAUAUAUAUAUGUAUAUAUACAGUAAUAUGCUAUUCAAAAGACAAAAACUGAAUGGGAACGGUUGCAAGUAGCCCCAAAACAUUUAAUCAUAUAAGUAUAUGUAUGCAGAUGUAGAAAAAAAAAAUGAAGAGGCCCCUGCAAUAUGAACAUUUUAUGCCAAUAAACGUCAAGCCAGCAAAUCUUCACUAAGAUGUAAAGAGACAAAAGUUUGUGGGAUGUCAUAUCAUGUCUGUAAAUGUCUAUAUCAGCAGUUUUUUUGUUUUUGUUUUUUUAAGACCAAGUACCACACAAAAAAAAUCACCUGGCUCGCCAAGUACCACCAUA